CUUUCAGAACUGCGCUUUGGGUCAUUCAGAGUCCGGGAAAGUGUUACACUGGACCGGCGCAAGGACUUUCAAUCCGCGACGGGAUUUCAUGUUGGAUUUUGUGUCUGGCGUCAUUUUCAUUCAUACAUUAUUGAUUAUAUCACGUUUAUCGGACUUGCGCAGGUUAUAGGUUUUGUUACUAAAAUAGUCCUAUAAAUAUGAAGCAAAACUGCAAUGUGCCUGCUUUCCUCAGCAAACUAUGGACAUUAGUUGAGGAUCAUUCAACUAAUGAUCUCAUCUGCUGGAGUCAAAACGGCUGCAGUUUCUUAGUAUGCGACGAGCAGCGCUUCAGCAAGGAAAUCCUACCUCUGUACUUCAAACACAGUAACAUGACCAGCUUUGUGCGGCAGCUCAACAUGUAUGGCUUCCGCAAAGUCGUGCAAGUGGAAGCGGGACUGCCGCGGGGUGACGCAAGAGGAGACUGCGUGGAGUUCCAGCACCUUCACUUUCGGCAGACGCAGCCUCAUUUGCUUGAGCUCAUUCGAAGAAAGGUGUCGCUGAGCCGCAAUGGGGAUGAAGGCGUGCCGCCUCAGAUGUCACAGGUUCUCCUGGAGCUCGGCCAGGUGAGGGGUUGGCAGGACAAGUCUGACUCCAAACUGAUGGCGCUGCGUAGGGAGAAUGAGAGUUUGUGGAGGGAAGUUGACUGCCUGAGACAGAGGUACCAGCAGCACCACAAGAUUAUUCGCAAGAUCAUUCACUUUAUUGCCAGCACCGUCCAGUCCAAUGGGAUAACGGGAUUGAAGAGGAAGCUGCCGCUGAUGAUCGACGGCUCUGGCCUGUCGCACUCUCCGCCCAAAUACAGCCGGACCAUUAGCCUGGACGGCAGCCAGUCGGCCGCAGCCCUGCACGGGGUGCCACACGGAGAUCCUUGGGUGAGAACGCUGGAUCCAUUUGAGGAGCUGGGCUUCUCCAGCGGCAGCGUCUACACAAAUGGGAUGAUCAUCUCUGAUGUUACCGAUCUGCUGGACUUGCAGACGGAGGAGCUGGAUUGCAGCAGGACUAAAGCUGACGACUUGUCUGAGGCCUCUCCUGAAUCCAGGCUCUCCUCUUCAGCCGCACCCACGGUUGAAUUGGACCUCUCUCUCCUGGAGGACCCUGAGCCCGCAGAACCGGGGGAGAAUGCCUUAGACAGGAACGACGCGAGCGACCCGAUGGCUCUGAUCGACUCCAGUCUGGCGGCUAUGCGCUCCGGUUUACCUCUCUCCCCUGGGCCCGGCCUCGAUCUUCUCUCGGAGCUCUUCAACCCUGUGCUCGGCUCUCAAAGCGAAGACGCGAAGCCAGAGGUGCUGAAGGCGAGGCCAGGGCCUGACGCCUGGGCGGAGAAGCAACCGGACACUCAGACAGUUGCUGCUUUGGACUGGGUCACCAGCUGCAGGGAGGAGGAAGAGGAAGAGGAGGUGGAGGAAGGCUCUGACAUACUGCCUUCUUUGCUGCAGCUGGCAGAAGAGGCAUCUGAAUUUGCAUACUGCCCUACGGCGCUGCCUGCCGACCCCCUGCCCCUGGUCUAGCGGGCAGGCUACAAAUCCUUCCCCGAAAGAUACCGUUAUCUGUUUUGUAAUAACAAUGUCGUUGCUACAGCCAUAGUGUACAUCCUUCCUCGAUUCUCAAAGGUUAUUAGGCUUCUCGAAUAGUUGCGUAGUCAAAUUCGUGGGAUUUUCCGCGUGCUGUCGGAAAUGGCGCAAGAACAACAGUUUGAUUAGUUAUUUAUAAAUAGCUUAUUUAAAAUCACAGCAGUCAACUUGGGCAAACGGAAGCAGCCAUAAUGGUGUGAGUUUACGGUUGUUUCGGUUACCGCGCGAGAUGCUGCUCAAAUUUGAAACAUCUCGACUCGACAUGGAACAUUUUAGCAAUCGAACAUUACUACCAGAUUUAGUAAUAAUAAUAACAACAAUAAUAAUAAUGUGCUGGGGAAUACAAAGUUACAAGGAUGCUAUGAGGGACAGUUAUUGGCUAAUUCCAGCUGACAUGUAAUGCAUACUGUAUACAUUACACCUAAGAAUGUAUUUUUUUUUAGAAGGAAACAUUUAGAAAUUAAACAAAAAGGUGACUAGGUACAGAGAAGGAGAAUAUUUAGUCUUGGAGCGCGUUUGGGUUUUUAGCAGCCUGCGUGAUGUUGCUCAGUCCUCCAUAGUGCCUCUUUUUCCACAGACCUGCAGACUCGCAGUAACAGGUGUGCAGUACAGGUGUCUGGAUAUUUUUAGGGGCUUAAAUAUCACAGUUUAAAGGAGCAUGAGGAAAAAAUACACAAUGAACUUGCGGUGCAGUUUAAUUCAAUACUGUGUGGCGUUUUAGUUCAAGUACAUAGUGGAUGUAUAUUCCUCUUAUUUUGGUCAAUAAGUCAUGUUUAUAAACUUUUUAUUAUAUUGUAAAUUAUACGUACAAAAGACCGAUAGUCAUAAUUACUAGAUGAUUUCUGAGUUGUAUAUGGAUGAAUUUGCACUACUCUACUAAUGUAUUUUAAAUGAAUAUUGCACUUUACAUGUAUGUUUGCUGUACAGCGUCAGUUGUUUAUAGUUAAUUUUAAUGGAAUAUCUUUUCACAAGGGUGUCGUUUUCAGAAUAUAUUGUGCUCGUUACCUGUCAUCCAGCUGGUAGAUGCAGAAAAGCUCAAGAAUUAACCAUAGGACACUAAGAACUGUAAAAUACAUAAUCGGAAGUUUGU